AUGGCGCCAUUCAAGUUCGAGAAGCCGAAGAACAGAGACAUUCUGGGCGGCGACCUGCUCGCCCAGAGCCUACGAAAUCUGGGAGCUGAAGUUGCAUUCGGUUUACAUGGAGGCCACUUGGACGCUUUCCUUAUUGGCGCUCAUGAUGCUGGAAUUCGUUUGAUCGAUACAAGACAUGAAACCACAGCAGUACAAGCUGCAGAGGGCUACGCAAAAGUUUCUGGCAAGGUAGGAGUCUGCUUCGUCACAGCGAAUAGUGGGUUCUCAAAUGGUCUACCUGGCCUAGCGACUGCCUUUGCAGAUAGAUCACCUAUCUUCUGCAUUACAUCGAGCCCACCACUUCAGGAUGCCGAGACCAAUGCUCUGCAAGGCUUCCACGACCAAGUCGUUGUGGCAAAGCCAAUCACCAAGUUCGCCCAUCGCGUUACCAACGUAGAAGAGAUCCCGAGAAUCGUGGCGUAUGCCUUCCGGAGCGCAAACACCGGUAUAAAAGGUCCAGUAUUGAUUGACUUCCCAAUCGACGUCCUUUUCUCGCCACCCGUGCUGGACAGGGUUGCCCUAGGCGCAGUAGAUGUCCCUCCUGUCGCUCCUCCCGCACCAGACCCAGCCACAGUGGACAAGUUGGUGAGUGCAUGGAAGGAAGCGAAGAGACCAGUCAUAAUCACGGGAACUGGUGUCUUGGGCACGAACAAGGUACUUCAGACAUUGGCAGAAACCACGAACACGCCAGUCUUCUACUCCAACAAGUUCAGCACACCAAUUCCGGCGGAUCACGAACUCCGAGGAGGUCCGGCCACUGGACUUGCGGCGUUUGCCGGCAAAGAACACGCCGACUUCGUUCUCCUCCUUGCAGCUCGUACUGGUUUUCUGCUAGCUGGCCGAAGUGGCGCCGUCGUACCGAAUGACGCCACAAUAGCACAGGUUGACCUCGAUGGUGGUGAGAUUGGAAAGUCUCACGCCGUGAACAUCGGCAUUGUUUCUGACGCUGGGUUGUUCUGCGAAGCGUUCGUCGCGAAGGCUGGAGGUGGAUUUAGUCGCAAUGACGUCUGGGUAAAGAAAUGUCAUGAUCUCAAUAACAUUCCUCUACCGUAUGAACAACAAGAAAAGGUUAUGCCAGAUGGUCAACUACAUCCCUACCAUGGUAUGGCGGCCGUAAUGAACAGCAUACCGAAGGAUUCAAUCAUCAUGGUCGAUGGGGGCGAAGCUGGCCAAUGGGCUUCCCUCACUCUCGAACGUGCAAAACCUCAUGUCGCCAUGGUGUCCACUGGCUAUCUUGGCUUCCUCGGUAACGGCUGGGGCUAUUCCAUAGGGGCUGCUGUUGCUGACCCAAGCCGCCUCGUUGUCAACAUUCACGGAGAUGGUUCCGCGGGCUUUCAUAUCCAGGAGCUUGAUACCAUUGCUCGCCACAAUCUCAAGAUACUCACGAUCAUCGCCAACAACUACGCCUGGGGUAUGUCGAUCAAUGGCCAAGACCUCAUAUACGAAAAGACGUCAGAGGCCCGGCCGGCGACCAGGUUGAGCAAAGGUUGUAAGUACGAAACUGUCUCCGAAGGAUUUGGAUGUACUGGAAAGAGGAUUGAGAAGCACGAUGAGGUGGAAUCGACGAUCAAGGAACUGGUAGAGGCUACUCCAAGUUUGGCGAACAUGAUUGUCUCCGUAAAGCCUACCACUCCGGCCACCUUGAGUAUGGUUGGUGUGACUGAUGAUCCCAAUUGGAUUGUUGUGCCAUACUACGAUAACGUGCCGAGACCAUAUUACAAGUAG